AUAAAGCUGCUCCAGACAUAACUAAUGCAUCAAACCUCACUGAAGUCUAGUGAAAGUUGAGAACGAGGAUUUGUAACGCCAUAACUAGUCGUAAACUGGAACCGGUGAACUUUUAAUUUGUUUCCCGCCGCUUCUUUGUUGUUGUUGGUUUUGUUGUAGUCUCAUGGUCGAUCGUUGUUUCUUCUUUCUCCUUUCUAAAUGUCUAACUACGAUUCUUUGAAUAAUGCAUGGAAUCUGGCCACCCAAGUUUUGAUUCCAUCGCAACCAUCGAACCCCCUUGCGUCUCCACAUGAAAAACCUGCCUGUUCACCCGUGAAUGAAGUAGACUUCAAUGCGGCAAUCGAAGUCCUUCGCCAACACCAACUCACACACAUCAUCGAAGACUGGUUCAUUGAGUAUGUCCAAAGUGAAAUGAGAGAUGAGAUUGCUCCUAAGUUCUGGAGCUACUUUGCCGAGGAGAAAGACUCACUUAGCGUUCAGCUGAAUAAUUUUGUUUUGGCUGUCGACUACCUUUAUUCAGCCCUCGACAAACACAACGACAGCAUUGAGAAAAUUGAGUUAAUUAUUAACAGAUACCCACCGUCCAACUACAGAACUGGCACCCUCUUCAAGAAAUCGUUAAAAGAAACUGCUACGACCCUAUGCAAGGCCUUGUUAUUUUCAUCAAAGGAUCGAAAAAUCUUCAAGGUGACAGAAAGCUUCUAUUUGAAAGCUUUCAAGGUAUAUCAACAUACAAGCAGUGGUGAACAAGAUGAUGAGAAACUUGCAGAAUCUUCUGAACUUGGUCACUGCAAUGGCUGUGAUGAAGAACAAGAUGAAUGCAAAUGUACCGAAUUCAUGGAAUCAUUUCAUACAAUAAACAGAAAACUCGACAAACUGAAUUUGUUGAGCAAAAUGGCUGGGUCCUGUAUCACCACCAUUGUGCAUCGAACAACCAAACAACACAUUGAGUUAAAAUGUCGAGGAAACCUUGAAACCUCGUUUCUGGAGAGUUUAGAAAAGUGGCUUGACAAGAAAGUUCUUGGUUGGCUUGAUCUUGUCUGGUGUUCAGAUCAAAUGUCAUCAACUGAACUGCAAUCCUUGAAAGAGUUCAAAGACACACUGCGCCAAUACAUGUACGAGAACUACGCCGGUACCCUAAUCGACCAGUUAUUCAGCAUUAUCAUAGACUACCCAGAGUCAGAACCAGCCAUUCUCGAUUUGAAAAACUGUCUCAUGAAGACCGAUCUUCGUUCACAUCUUGUCAUCUCUCUCAAAGAUGCUUUAGAAAAUAGAUUGCUACAUCCAGGUGUAAACACCUCUAAUAUACUUGCUGCUUAUAUAUCAGCAAUUCGGGCUCUGCGUGUGCUGGACCCAGCAGGUGUGAUCCUGGAGCUUGUUUGUGAACCUGUACAGAAAUAUUUAAGAGAUCGUGAUAACACAGUGCGCUGCAUUGUGUCCAGUUUAACUGAGGAAGGAGUCAACGAGCUUUCUGAUGAAUUGAUCCGAGGUUUGCCUCACAUUGUUGACGACAAUGCUGCCAGUGAUGAUGAAGAUUGGAACAAAUGGAUACCCGAUCCAGUGGAUGCUGAUCCAACAUCCAUGUCGAAGGUGAGAAGAACGUCAGACAUUAUCAGCAUGCUGGUGAACAUAUAUGGAAGCAAAGAACUGUUUGUAAAUGAAUACCGCAACCUGCUGGCCGACCGCAUCCUCUCGCAGUUCAACUACGACACCGAACGUGAAAUUCGGUACCUGGAACUGCUCAAGCUGCGAUUCGGUGAAUCUCAGCUCCACUACUGCGAGGUGAUGCUGAAGGAUGUCACAGACUCAAGACGUAUCAAUGCCAUCAUAAAGGAAGAUAAGAAGAAAGACGAGCCAGAAGAAAAUGCGGAUGAUAUUGAAAUCAAUGCCAUGAUUCUGUCUGCUCAGUGCUGGCCUACAUUCAGAGAAGAGAAACUCAACUUGCCUGAAAAUAUGCAGACCUGUUUGGAGAAUUACACCAAAAAGUUUGAAUCCAGGAAAGGAAAUCGCACGUUGAUAUGGAAACCCCAUUUAGGUCUGGUCAACAUCGAUAUUGAACUAAAAGAGAGAGUCCUCAACCUGAACGUCUCACCUGUACAUGCAGCUAUCAUAAUGCAGUUUCAAAAUAAAGACCAGUGGACAGUUGAAGAGCUGAGCAGUGUACUACAGAUCCCGGCCACUGCCCUGCGAAGAAAAAUUGCAUAUUGGCAGAGCCAAGGUUUGCUUAAAGAGGAAGCCACCGAUACUUUCCUCCUCGUUGAAGAGCAACGAGCUAACUCUGAUGAUAUUAUGCUUGCUGAUGAAGAAGAGACAGAAUCUGCCAUGGCAUCGAUGAGGGCUCAAAUGGAAGAGCAAAUGCAGGUUUUCUGGACAUACAUUGUCGGUAUGUUGACCAAUCUGGAAAGUCUACCCAUCGAGAGGAUCCACUCGAUGCUGCGUAUGUUUGCUGUACAAGGUCCGUCUUCUGUGGAAUGUAGCCUGGCUGAACUGAAGGCCUUCCUUGACAAGAAAGUGAAAGACCAAAAACUGAUCUACACGUCGGGCGUGUACCGUUUAUCACAUAGCUGAGCUACACCUCCUAUCUGUUCUUCUUGUUGUUGUCAUCAUUGUUUUGUUGCAGUUUACUCCUCCUCCUCCUCCUCCAACUUUUGCCACUUCGAUGACAUUUACUAUUGUCAUGUAUGAGGGGGUGCUGAAAAGUUCCUGGCUUUGUGUAAAAGAAAAUACCGGAGGAUCAGUUUAUUAUGAUUUUAUUCAACAUACCCUCCUCUCACAUUUACACACUUAUUGCAGUGGUCUUUCAGUUUUUCUAAGCCCUGUAAAAGAACUCAGAAGGUUGGGCCUCCAACCAGGCCUUUUGUGAUACCCUUAACAGCCAGGAACUUUUCAGCACCCCCUCAUAACUGAACUUUAACCUUCUUAUUGUCACUUUGGUGAUCUUUCCUCUUCCUACUGUCAACUUAAGUCUUUAGCAUUUAAACUGGCCAUAUCCAGCUGAGAUAUUCUACCUGUGAUAAGUAUGUAACGACUAGAUCUAGCCUCUUGAACCUACCCUACAAAGUCAUUCUAAAAAUAUACAACCACAUCAUUAAAAUCUUGAGGCUAUGAGAUAAUGCAGGAUUAAUUCCAAACAAUGUUAAUAAAUAAGGAUUACAUUUGACAGAGUAAUCUGAAGGCUAAGGGAGUAAUGGACGCUUAUUGUCAUAUUACUGAACUUUACUCUUCUUAAUCUCACCUUGGAGAAGUUUUUUCUUCAUAUUGUCACCUUGGUGAUAUUUCCUCCCUGUAUUCUCACCUUGGUAAAGUUUAAUCUCCACUACACUGAUAUCUUGGUGGAAGUCUACUGUUAAGAACAUGGUGGAGGUGACCUUCUCUAUUGCCACCUCGAUGGAGCUUACUCUUCGUAUUGCCAUCUUGGUGGAAGUCUGCUUCUGUUAUCAACUCUUGAUAGAGAAUUACCCUUCUCUAUCAUCACUUUGGGGAAAUUUACAUAUUGUCCACUCUACAAAUUGGUUGUUGAUAGGAUGGGCAUCCAGCUGUAAAAACUCUGCCAAAACAGACACAGUAGCCUGGGGUAGUCGUCUACCUGGCUGGCUCCUGUCAAUCAUCCUACUCAUGCAUGCAUGAAGUUGGACAUUAAACGAUGAAGAUCGUCUUCUUAAAGAAACUUAACCAUUUAACAUUUUAUCCAGCCAUACUUGAACCAAAUAUUCUAUUUGUUUUAUGUUCAAACCAGCCAGAUCUUGUCUCUAACAUCAACCCUAUAAUGUCAUUCUAAAAAUAAACAUUUCAUCAUCGUCGUCGUCAUCGUUUAACGUCUGCUUUCCAUGCUGGCAUGGGUUGGACGGUUUGACUGCGGACUGGCAAGCCAGAAGGCUGUACCAGGCUCCAAUCUGAUCUGGCAAAGUUUCUACAGCUGGAUGUCCUUCUUAACGCCAACAACUCCGAGAGUGUAGUGGGUGCUUUUUAUGACACCAGCAUGAGGGCCAGUCAGGCAGCCCUAGCAAUGACCACGCUGAAAUGGUGCUUUUUACGUGCUACCUGCCACCUGCAUCAUCAAAAUCUCAAAGCUAUAAGAUAAUGCAAGAUUAACAUAUUUAAUAGAGUUACCUGAAUGCUAAAGGGUUAACCUGCAUUGCCAUUCCCAUGGAAUUAAAGUUUCUCUAUUGUUGCUUUAGUGGAUUCUACACCUUCAACAACAGCAUCUUGGGAAGUGGUAUUUCUCAUUGUUUCUUAAAAUUUAAUCCUUCCCUGGUUUCCAGUGGGAGUCUAGACAUCUAGUAGCAGCAGCUUGGAGGAGAAUCUACUCAUCUACUGUCACUCCACUGAUGGCAUCUUGGUUGAUGGAUGGAGGAGUCUUGUCUCUCAGCUCUGUAAAUAUAAUGUAAUUUAGACCAACUUUGCAUCACUCUUUGUGGUGGUCUUGUUCACCAUAUUUGUUCUGUAAAUUAUUAAAGGAAAUAUAUUUUUUAUUUAAGAAACAAA